AUCGAGUCGCUAAACCCUGACUUUUCUCUAUUUCUUCCCCCACUCUCUCUCUUUAUUCUACCCCAACAAUCUAGGGUUUUACUUUUUUCUACGCGGGCUUCAUUAUUUUUCCCCCCUUUUCAAAAAAAUUUAUAGGGUUUCUGAUUAAAUUUCUUCUGAAUCAUGGCUUUAAUCGAAACACAAUCAAAUGGUAUACUAACAGGAAAACAUUACGAAAACAUGUUGAAAGAGUCAAUAGAUAGAUUCUUAGAAGAAUUUCAGAAAAAGAAAGACACAGAUUUCUCUGGUUUCACUUCCAUUUUCUUCCGUUUUCUUCAAUCAAGACUCAUCCCACCACUUGAAACCAUCUGGUUUUACUCUAGUGUGAAGUUUCUAAGCAAAAAAUCUGAUGAUGAUUUGAUUAGACGGGUUUUGGAAAUUAGGGAUUUGUUUCAGUUACUUUCAGCUUCUUCUGCUCCAUGUAAUGGGGUCAAAUCUAUUGCUGUUUUAGCUCCGGUUUUGUUUAAGCUGUAUCAUUUGGUAUUGGAGUUGACGAAGAAAGGCGAGAGCGUGGGGGUAAGAGAGAAGAAGGCGAUGAGAGAGAUUGAGGGGUUAGUUGAUGGUGUUGUUGGGUAUAUUAGCAUUUGUGGUUGUAAUGGGGGAAAUGAUGAUGGUGGGGAUGAUUUAUCUGUAUCUUGUUUUGGGGAUUUGGUUAAGGUUUGGACUAUUAAAGGUGGGAAGAAUGGUAGAGAUGAAGUUUUGAGAGAGUUUUUGCCUCUUGUUAGUGAUGAGAUUAGAGUUGGUUUUGGUGGUGAGGAGGAGGGGAUUAAGAUUGAUUAUCUUGCUGGGGUUGUUAUUGUUGAAGCGUUUUUGCUGAGUUUGUGCUUGAAAUGUCGUGGGGGUGCGGGUAGUGGUGUUUCGAAGGUGGAGCUGGAGAAAGAAUUGAAGGCAUGGGUUGUUGGUUCAAUAACUGGUUUUAGAAACUGCUACUUCUUCGGGAUACUUCUAAGGAUGUUGUUGGAGCCAGCUUUGCCUGUCAUUUCCCUACUGGGUUCCAAAGACGAAGCUCUGUUGCGAAAAAUUCUGUUUGAUGCAGUGAUUCUGGUGGACUAUUCCUUCCUUAAUUCUGACAGAGAAACUGGGGCAUCAGCUGACUACAUGAAAAAUCUUGCUAUUACAAAAUUGAUAGUAAUUCAUGAAGCCACACAGGCUGCCAGGUCCAACAAGGAUCAGACAAAAGCUAUUACUUGCAUAAAUGCUUUCUCUAGAUCUCCUUUGCCAUCUCAAUUGGUCAAGUGGGCCUCUAAUCAGAUUGGGAUAGAGCAAAAUGCAAAUAAACUGAAUAUCACUACACCUGAGACUCUUAUAAAUUGGCUAUUGAACAUAGAGCAGAAAGGAGUGCAAGUAUUUGAUCCACGAAUGUCAAAAUUACGUGCCAAGUUAGUGCUUGAUAUGUCUAAAAUGAAGUAUGCGGAGUCAACAUUCAAGUCAAACAGCAAGGUGGCAGACGAAGAUCUCUUCUUCAUUGAUACCAAAGGUGGAGCAGAAGAAGCCAAAGAUGAAGAUGAUCAAGAGAUGGUUGAUAGCGUGGAUGCUGCUUUUGUAGCUGCUGCUCGUCAAAUCAAAGCAUCAAAUGAAAAGACAAGAAAGCGCAAAGGAGUAAAGACUAAUGUCGGUGCUAAAGUGAAAUUCCAAAAGUACGAUCUAGAUAACAUCUCCGUGGAGAAGAUGUCAGCAUCUAGUGACAGUGAUGAUGUUAAAAGCAGUGGAAGUGAGGUGGACGAUCCACUUUCUGAAGAUAUGGAAGAAUAAGGUGGUUUGCUAGAUUGAAAGCAGGAAUACAGGCAUGAUUCACUUGGAAGAAUACCAACCUAACUUUGAGCCAAUAGUUGUUUUUUGUUUUUAUUCAGAGCAAACUCAUUAGAUAAUCUUAACUAGUUGCAUGGAUAAUGUCAUUCUGCAACUUUUCCUGCAUGAAGUCUGGAAAAUUGCUGUACAAUUUCCUCUUACCUUUUAGGUUUAGUUUUCCUGGCGAACUUUGCGAUACAGUCUGCAACUUUGUUACCUUUCCUUAUUAAUAUAAAUUACAUCACAGUUAACAG